GCCGUUGUAAAUGCGUUCAGUGCCCUCGACGCUGUCGGGAGAGCGGAUGUUAGUGAAUGACAGAAAAGGGGAAUUGUCGGCCCCGCAAUUGCAGCCUGUGGACGCCUCCCUAGGAAAUCGCCACCCAGGUUUAUGGAAACAGCCUGAGGUUCUCCGGCAGCGUGCAGCCUCAGCAAAGUCUGGGGCAUCUUGCAAAAGCAGUUUCUUCACGUAACAUGUCAUAGAGGGCAAGUUUCUAUUUGCCUAAUGCAAAUAAUACCGGCCUUCGAAACGUUAAAUCUUUUUUGAGAAAACAAAUUUGGCCUUUAAUUGCCAGUACCUGCAGUUAUUUAUUUAUUUAUUUUUCCUUGGGUAGGCUCUGGCUAAAAGAAAAUGGUCUAGGGUGAGAUAAGAUUUGGGCGAGCAGAGAAGUAACUCUUUUGCUCCCAACUAUUCUGUCUCCCACAGCCCAGACUUUCAAAUCAUCCUUCCCUUGCUGCCCUCGCGGGGUGCUCCCCAGUGGGGUGGGGGAAACCCGCAGUGCGCUUGGCUUUCCCUCUGCCCCGGAGAAGAACUUUAAAUGCAAAGAGGUGGGGUUGCAGAGAUCUGUCCUUAAGGCUCUUAUGGGUGGGACCCAGAGACGGGAGGGUUGGGAGGGAGUGGUUCGCGGGUGGGAUCUUCGAGCAGACAAAAUGUGGGGCCCCUGUCCCUUGAAGUUUAACUUGUCUCUUCCCUGAGUGAGGAGCAAGGCGUCCCUAGUAGCCUACCACCCCCCAACCCACGCAGGGGCACGGAGAGGAGAGAAGAGCCACCAGGAUAAGAGUGGCUAGAGGAAGAGGCGAGACAUGUUCUCCAGGAAACAACCCCCUGCCCUGGCUCGGGAAGAGAGCUACCGCCCAGCCCGGGCCCCGGAGCAGGUCUUGGGAGCUGUUGACAAUAAUAUGGGUGAUGGCUGCUCUCAGAAGACAGCUACUGCUAAUAUUCUCCGCUUCCUGUUGCUGGUGUUGAUUCCGUGUAUCUGUGCACUCAUCGUCCUGCUGGUGAUCCUGCUUUCCUUUGUUGGAACAUUAAAAAAAGCUUAUUUUAAAUCAAAUGGGAGUGAACCUUUGGUCACUGAUGGUGAAGUUCAAGUGUCUGAUAUUAUUGCUACAAAUACAAUUUGUAACAAGAGCACUGUGACAUCUGCUACACAUCCCAAUCAACACAUUCCAGCCUGGACCACAGAUGCUUUUCUCCCAGGGGACCAAAAUCACAAGAACACAAGUGCCUGUGUGAACAUCACCCACAGCCAGUGUCAGAUGCUGCCCUACCAAACCACGCUAACACCCUUCUUCUCGAUUGUCAAAAACAUGGAAGUGGAGAAGUUCCUCAAGUUCUUCAUGUACCUCCAUCGCCUCAGCUGCUAUCAACAUAUCAUGCUUUUCGGCUGUAGCCUCGCCUUCCCCGAGUGUGUUGGUGAUGGUGAUGACAGCCGUGGACUCCUGCCCUGUAGGUCUUUCUGUGAGGCUGCAAAAGAGGGCUGUGAAUCAGUCCUAGGGAUGGUGAACGCCUCCUGGCCCAGUUUCCUCACCUGCUCCCAGUUUAGAAACCAAACCGAAAGCAGCAACGUCAGCAGAAUUUGCUUCUCUCCACAACAGGAAAAAGGCAAGCAAUUGCUCUGCGGGGGCGGCGAGAGCUUUCUGUGCGCCAGCGGUCUCUGCGUGCCCGGGAAGCUGCGGUGCAACGGGCACAACGACUGCGACGACUGGAGCGACGAGGCCCACUGCAAUUGCAGUGAGAAUAUGUUCCACUGUCACACAGGCAAGUGUCUCAAUUCUAGCCUCGUGUGUGAUGGAUACGAUGACUGCGGGGACCUGAGUGAUGAGCAGAACUGUGAUUGCAGUCCCACAAGGGAGCACCGCUGUGGGGAUGGGCGCUGCAUCGCAAUAGAGUGGGUGUGUGACGGUGACCAUGACUGUGUGGAUAAGUCUGACGAAGUCAACUGCUCCUGUCACAGCCAGGGUCUGGCCGAGUGCCGCAGCGGACAGUGUAUCCCCAGCACCUUCCAGUGCGACGGGGACGAGGACUGCAGGGACGGCACGGACGAGGAGAACUGCAGCCGGAGUCAGGCUCCAUGUCAAGAAGGCGACCAAAGAUGCCUCUACACUUCCUGCCUUGAUUCAUGUGGUGGCAGCUCCCUCUGUGACCCGAACAACUGUAGUCAGUGUGAACCAAUUACGUUGGAACUCUGCAUGAAUUUACCCUACAACCAUACAAUUUAUCCAAAUUACCUGGGCCACAGGACUCAGAAGGAGGCGUCCAUCAGCUGGGAGUCCUCUCUUUUCCCUGCACUUGUUCAAACCAACUGUUACAAAUACCUCAUGUUCUAUGCUUGCACCAUUUUGGUACCAAAGUGUGACGUGAACACAAGCCAGCGGAUCCCACCUUGCAGAGCCCUGUGUGAGCACUCCAAAGAACACUGCGAGUCUGUCCUUGGGGUUGUGGGCCUACAGUGGCCUGAAGACACAGACUGCAAUCAAUUUCCAGAGGAAAAUUCAGACAACCAAACCUGUCUAAUGCCUGACGAAGCUGUGGAAGAAUGCUCACCUAGUCACUUCAAGUGUGGCUCUGGACGGUGUGUUCUGGCUUCCAGAAGAUGUGAUGGCCAGGCCGACUGUGAUGAUGACAGUGACGAAGAAAACUGUGGCUGUAGAGAGAGAGAUAUGUGGGAAUGUCCAUCCAAUAAGCAAUGUUUGAAGCAUACAGUCAUCUGUGAUGGGUUCCCCGACUGUCCUGAUGGCAUGGAUGAGAAGAACUGUUCGUUUUGCCAGGACGAUGAACUCGAAUGCGCAAACCAUGAGUGUGUGUCCCGUGAGCGCUGGUGUGACGGGGCAUCCGACUGCGUGGACAGUUCUGACGAGUGGGACUGUGUGACCCUCUCCAAAAACGUGAGCUCCUCUUCGUUCCUGAUGGCUCACAGAUCUGCCAUAGACCACCACGUCUGCGCGGACGGCUGGCAGGAGAUGUUAAGUCGGCUGGCCUGCAAGCAGAUGGGUUUAGGAGAACCAUCUGUGACUGAACUGGUCCAGGAACAGGAGCAAGACCAGCUGUGGCUGACAUUACACUCCAGCUGGGAGAGCCUCAAUGGGACCACUUUGCAUGAACUGCUGGUAAAAGGGCAGGCUUGUCAUAGCAGAAGUAAAAUUUCUCUUCUGUGUACUAAACAAGACUGUGGGCGUCGCCCUGCUGCCCGAAUGAACAAGAGGAUCCUUGGGGGUCGGACAAGUCGCCCUGGAAGGUGGCCAUGGCAGUGUUCCCUGCAGAGUGAACCCAGUGGACAUAUUUGUGGCUGUGUCCUCAUUGCCAGGAAGUGGGUCCUGACGGUCGCCCACUGCUUCGAGGGGCGAGAGAACGCUGCCGUCUGGAAAGUGGUGUUUGGCAUCAACAAUCUGGACCACCCGUCGACGUUCAUGCAGACACGCCUGGUGAAGACCAUCGUCCUGCACCCUCGCUAUAGCCGAGCUGUGGUGGACUAUGACAUCAGCAUCGUGGAGCUAAGCGAAGACGUCAAUGAAACCAGCUAUGUCCGGCCGGUCUGCUUGCCCAGCUCAGAGCAGGCCUUGGAACCCGAUACGUACUGCUACAUCACAGGCUGGGGGCACAUGGGCAACAAAAUGCCUUUUAAGCUGCAAGAGGGAGAGGUCCGCAUCAUCUCCCUGGAGCAGUGCCAGUCCUACUUCGACAUGAAGACCAUCACCGCGCGGAUGAUAUGCGCCGGCUAUGAGUCUGGUACCGUGGACUCGUGCAUGGGUGACAGCGGUGGGCCCCUUGUUUGCGAGCGGCCUGGAGGACAGUGGACAUUAUUUGGUUUAACGUCGUGGGGCUCCAUCUGCUUUUCCAAAGUCCUGGGGCCUGGAGUUUAUAGCAAUGUGUCCUACUUCGUCGAAUGGAUUGAAAGACAAAUAUACAUCCGUACCUUUCUCCUGAACUAAUUCCAAAGAUGAUGCGAGACUUUUGCCAGCUGCACUCAAAGAAAAUGGCCUUGUCGACUGUGGGGAGCUUCCUGCAGAGAGCUGUCCAGAAGCACUUUUCACGGACAGGGAUGCUCAGCGGUACACUGCAAAUGUUCAUGUUUGUUUUGAUCUAGUUUUAUUCAGUUUUUUCAACUUCAGUUUUCUCUUGCUUCAAGUUUAAUGACAGUCUUUAAAAAAAAAAAAAAAAAAAGCAAAGCAGAUUUGUUCUUUUGCCAAGCCUAAUCUUGACCAUAGCACAAAAUAAUCAGCUCUGGAAUAAGGCAGGUGGUAGGGUAGGAGGUUCUAGAAAAUUCUUUUUAUUCCAGUGACAAAGAGGACAUCGAGAUCCAGGCUGACUAAUCUUUGCCAGCCUUUGUUUCUCAAGCACAACCGCAUAGUGGCAAAUUUCAAUAUUAAUAUUGGAGACUUGCUUCUGAUUAAGAGCCAAGACAAUUUACAUGCUUAAAUUAUUUACUAUUACUCAAGUCUGCAUAGUUCUGAAACCCUAUGAAAGACAGUCUGAGGUAGAAGACAAGCAGCAUCUAUUUAGGUGGCUAAAAUGGUAAAACAUACUGAACACAACACUGCUUAGAUACCAGCACUAGCAUUUAAGAUGACAGGACUGCACGUUCUGAACUUAACUCAAGGAUGUAACUUUACAGAGGAGUCUUUGUAGAACCUUCCCUAGAGCUGGGAUUCCUUCAGCGUCUAUCAGUUGGCUGACUGAGACCUCAGUAGCUAGAAUAUUCCUGGGAAGCAUUUUGUUUCACCUGUGUGACAAUAAAUGGAGAUUGAACUUUGCCAAAGGAGAACUUAGUUUAGUCUGGAGAGAUUCAGUUUUUGAAAACAAAAAUUAAAUUGCACCCAACCUCCGAUUCAGUAUUUUCCAACUUUCCUGUGUUCGCCCAUAAUGAUAAAGUCACGGAAAUGCCUCUCAAAGCGCAGUUCAAGCUGGCAUGGAGUAAAACAUUUUCUAAUUUGCCUUGAAAUGUGUUUAAUAUCUGAUGUUCUCACAUGCUUUUAAGCACUAGGCCACUUUAUGCCCAUCAAUUUCCGAAGUAACUAGUGGUUAAAAGUAUUUUCCUUCCCACUAAAAAGCUUCAAAAUAUAAAUUGUCGCACAUAAGUAAUUUAGUUAGGCAUCCAUUUUGCAACAUCUAAAUGCCUUGAGAACAGGAGGAUUCCCCACUAAACUUCACCAGCACCCCGGACUGCCUCAGCAUCCCACACAGAGACUUACUGCGAUUUUAUACCUGUGUUUUUGUACUCUUUUCUAUGUUUGCACAUAUUUCAAAUUCAAGAAGUUGCCUUGACACUUCCCAUGUUAUUCAUCUCCUGUUCUGGAGUUUGUAUAAACCUCCUGAGAAUGUGAAAUCCAGCAAUGGAAUUAGGGUCAGGAUUGUGUGAAAGUGUAAGAACACAUGUCUGUUCUGUUAUAGUUCUGUUAAGUCUGUACCCAUACUUCACGUAAAACUGUCAGCCUUGCUCCACUUAUGUUCAGGCAAGUAUACCUACUGUACUUAUUCUGAAUAACCUGAAUACAGAGCGCCUGGGUGGCUCAGUUGGUCAAGUGACUGCCUUCGGCUCAGGUCAUGAUCCCGGGGUCCUGGGAUCAAGUCCCACAUCCGGCUCUCCCUGCUCUGCGGGAAGCCUGCUUCUCCUUCUCUCUCUGCCUGCCGCUCCCCCUGCUUGUGCUCUCUCUCUGUCAAAUAAAUAAAUAAAAUCUUUUUUUAAAAAACCCUUAAUACAAAUAAAAUGGUACAGUCUUUUUUUUUUUUUUUUAAAUGGACAUGGAGCAUGGAUAAUAGCAAGUUCCAGAAAACCAUGCCUCCUACUCUAAUAGCUGGCCUCCAGCCGCCGACCAAUCCAAAAUUACCUGUCGUGGCUCACUGUCACAGGAACACACUCUUUCACCUUAGGUGAUGGAUGGUUCUCUGAAUGAGAGGUUCCUAAUAGUUCCAAGUCCCUUAAGUGUCCAAAGAAGACUUUAAUCUGGUAAGAAUGCAAGGAAUCUUUCAUGUCUAGAGGACAUUUUGGGAGCCUGAUAGAAUAAUUCUUUCACAGGUCUUUUGGGGUAAAAUUACGGCAAAAUGUAAACUAAUAAUCAACAAAUAUAAUCAAUCAAUAAAAUGUAAACUAUUAAUAAACCAUGAAUCAACAGGAACUAUGAUACUAUGCU